AUGGCUCCACCGAAUGUUUCCUCUGUCAGUUUCACCAACAUUGGACCUCCUGCAGGCAACUUCAGGCCUCAGUUAACAGCUAGCAACUAUGGAUGCCAGCUCCACCGAAUGUUCCCUCUGUCAAUUUCACCAACUUGGGACCUCCUGCAGGCAACUUCAGGCCACAGUGAACGGCUAGCAACUAGGGAUGGCUCCACCGAAUGUUUCCUCUCAACUAAGGAUGCCAGCUCCACCCAAUGUUCCCUCUGCCAGUUUCACCAACUAGGGCCUGCAACAGCAACUUCAACCAACAGUGAAUGGCUAGCAACUAGGGAUGCCAGCUUCACCCAAUAUUCCAUCUGCCAGUUUCACCAACUAGGGUCUGCUACAGCAACUUCAACCAACAGUGAAUGGCUAGCAACUAGGGAUGCCAGCUCCACCCAAUAUUCCAUCUGCCAGUUUCACCAACUAGGGUCUGCUACAGCAACUUCAACCAACAGUGAAUGGCUAGCAACUAGGGAUGCCAGCUUCACCCAAUAUUCCAUCUGCCAGUUUCACCAACUAGGGUCUGCUACAGCAACUUCAACCAACAGUGAAUGGCUAGCAACUAGGGAUGCCAGCUCCACCCAAUAUUCCAUCUGCCAGUUUCACCAACUAGGGUCUGCUACAGCAACUUCAACCAACAGUGAAUGGCUAGCAACUAGGGAUGCCAGCUUCACCCAAUAUUCCAUCUGCCAGUUUCACCAACUUGGGGCCUCCUACAGCAACUUAGCCUACAGCAACGGCUAGCAACUAGGGAUACCAGUUUCACUCAAUAUUUCCUCUGCCUGUUCCACCAACUUGGGGCCUUUGCAGGUCUCUAGGAAUGUUUUCAUUUUUAACUUGACUGAUCAGUUAUAUUUAAUCUAUUUUUUUCAUAUACAGAUAAUAUAAUAGUAAUAUUUUGAAAUAUCAAUAACACUUAUGGGAGAAUUUGUAUUGUAAAAGUGCCACAAUAAUCAAAAAUUAGAUAAGGCUUUAAAACCUAACUAUGAUUCAAAAUUUGGUCCAACAUUGUCUCUGUACAUAUUUGCAUAAUUUCUACACUAUCAUCAGAGGUAUGCAAAGUCUACAUUGUAUGUAUGUACGUGUGAGACACACAAAUACGUGAAUGGUUUCAAUUACGUUUUAACACAAAAGUGUUUUAUUUUUUAAUCAAAAUUAAAUAUGAAUUACAGGAGGAUUGUUAUUCAACUAGGGCUCAUGCAAUGUUUAAGCAUUUAAUUAAUAUGCUACAAUUUUUUUUAAGGAGAAGCCGAUCCUUUUAAGCUUUAUUCUGCCCAUCCUGAUGGCCCAAUGGCCUGUACGAGGAUCUUAUCAAACAGAAUAAGGGGGAGAGUCAAUACAGUUCAAGAUCAAUGGUUCUGAUAAAAAGUGCAAGAGGCACAGACAGAAUUCGAACCUGCGCUAUCUCAAACUCAAAGUCCAACGUCUUAGACCACUCGGCGAUUGGCACUCCCAAUUGGUGAAAAUCUAAUCAAAAUUGUUGAAGCCAUAAAGCAAAAUGUUGUGUUGGGAAAAAACCAAAGUUUUUCAUAAAAAAUAGAAUUUAAAAAAUCAUUUUGAAAACUUGAAUUUGUAGAGGUUUGCAAUUUGUAACAUUUUCUUAUGUAAUCCAAUCAACCAAAACAAUUGAAAAAUAACCAAAAUUGUGCUCUUAAAACUUGACAUCCAAAUAAAAAAUAAUUGAAUCACAAAAAGUGAGGGCUCUGUAGUGUAGUGAUAACAUGUUUACCCGACAAUUGAGAGAUUCAGGUUCAUGGCGGAGCAGGUACUUUAAAAAUGUGAAUCGAUCUGUAUUUAAAUCAGAUUAGACUAUUGUUAUUUAUACGAAUUCAAUGCAAAAUUUCAGAAAUGGAUUUCUCAUAUAGUGUAAAGGGAGGAAAGUUAUUAUCAUUAUAUUAUAAUGAAUUUACAUUACAUUAUUAUUAUAAGGCCCGGAAAUGCAUGUUUACAGAGUUAUUCAAGUUUUCAAUUAAGUUCACUGUAACUUUGUAAUGGCAGCUAGAACGUUCAAGAUUAUUUAUGGUACUGUACAGACCUAUAAACAAUUAAUAGAAUUUUUGUAAUACAUAAUAUAAUAAUCGUUAUUAUUUAUGUUUGAGAUCAAAAUAGAGUUAGUUUCAUUUUAUUGAGUUUAAAAUUAAUAGUAUUAUUUGAUUGUGAUUAUGGAUGGUUUUGAUUAGAAAAUUGAAAUAUUUGUACGAUAAAUUUUAUUUUCUUAGAAUGUUGUUUUUAAUAUAUAACUACUUGUUUAGAUUAUGAUUUUAUAGUAUCCUUUUUAUUUAAUAUUCACCUGGAUUUAGUUUAUUCCCUUUUCCAAUGAAAUUGGACCUACAUUUCUUUAGUACCUGUAAUAUAUUUUUAUUCUAGUCAUACUAUUUAUAUUGAAUACUGUACUGUAUUAUACUGUAAAGUGUACUAUAUUGUAAAUUUACUGAGAUUUACUACUGAAGAUUUUUUGUUUUUUAUGUAUAUUAUAUUGUUAUACAAAACAUCAGCAAUAAAGCUAUUUUUGUUCUGCUGUUUUA